CUCUUCUUGACGGAAGUUGCUGAGAAGACUGUUCUGGCUGCGUGAGGCGAGAGAUGCGAGUGGGCUUCGGCGCUCUUUCUGCCUGCCUGGAUUGUAGUGGAGUGGUGUGACCAAGGCAACAGCGGAGAUGGCAGAAAUGCAAAUGGAUCAAGACCUGGCCAAGCGGCUCUUUUUUGAGGGUGCCACAGUUAUUAUUUUGAAUGUGCCAGAAGGAACAGAGUUUGGUAUUGACUACAACAGUUGGCAGGUGGGCCCCAAGUUCCGUGGAGUUAAGAUGAUACCCCCAGGUAUUCACUUCCUUCACUACAGCUCUGUUGAUAAGAAUAAUAGGAAAGAAAGUGGUCCUCGCACUGGAUUCUUCUUGAACUUGCAACACCGUGAUCUGCGAGUGCUGCACUGGGACCAAGUUAAAGAAGAAGUGGAUCUCACUCCAGCAUCUGAGAAUGAGACUGAAGCAAUGAGGGCCAACCUCCAAGAGAUGGACCAAUAUUUGGGUCCUUACCCAUAUGACACGCUUAAAAAAUGGAUCUCCCUCACUAACUUCAUUAAUGAAUUUGUGAUGCAAAAGCUGCAGCCAGAAAGCGGACAGAUAUGUGCCUUUUCAGAGGUACUGCCUGUUUUGGCUGGGAAGUAUACUAAAGAUCGAAUUGAACAGAACUUGCCCCGGUAUGACACUGAGUGCAAAAGCUAUGCAGAAGGUCUCGCCCGGCUGCCUAAAAUGCAGCUGAAAGCUGGUACUGAGAUCAGAUUCACAGAAAUACCUAAGCAAAUGUACCCUGAAGGUGCUACACCCGAGGAAGUUACCAGGCACAGUAUGGACCUUAGCUACGCCCUAGAGACUGUUAUCAAUAAACAGUAUGCCAGCAAUUCUCAGGAUGUGCUUGGGGAGUUGCAGUUUGCCUUCAUCUGCUUCCUGAUUGGGAACGUAUAUGAUGCAUUUGAGCACUGGAAAAAACUCCUGAAUCUCCUAUGCAGGUCAGAGGAUGCCAUAGUGAAGCAUCAAGCCUUGUUCGGCAACCUCAUUUCUGUCCUAUACCAUCAGCUCAGUGAAAUCCCAGCUGACUUCUUUGUGGACAUAGUCUCCCAAGACAACUUUUUAACCAACACCUUACAGGUGUUCUUCUCAUAUACCUGCAGCCCAGGUGUUGACAGGACUCUGAAGAAGAAGGCAGAGCGAUUUAAAGCCCAUCUAACCAAGAAAUUCAAGUGGGACUUUGAGGCUGAGCCAGAUGACUGUGCUCCAGUAGUAGUAGAGCUGCCAGAAGGGGCGCUUGUGGACUGAACGAGAAUCUCCCCUUUUCUGUUUGUUUUUAAAGCCAACUUUUGUAUUCUUGUACCUUCUUUGGUUCUGCAGUCAGCCAUUCAAUGCAUACUUCGUAUUCUACAGUUCUGGUUCAUGCUUCCUUCAUGGAUGUGGAACUGAAAAAUCCAGGAAGAAAGCAAAUGUUGCUCCUGAUGGAAAUAAAUAUAGACAUUCUGGAAAAUGAGGAUUAGAUUAUACAUCUGGAUUGUACAGCAGAUUGAGCCAUGUUUUUAUUUAGGCUUGUUUUGACUUAGUUCUUUUGUCACUGCAAUCUCAUAUACAUUUACCUGGAAGCAAGUCCCAUUGAGCACAGUGGGGCUUAAUACUUUAUAAAACAUGCAUAGGUUUGAACUGUGUGACUCAUGAUGGACACCUUUCUGUUUGUUGUAGAACCUAAUUUGAGACCAUAGUUUUUUCUACUUUAAUUUGGUUAUUCUUCAGUUCCACACUUUAUAUGUGGGAAGGUGGUAAGUUUGAAUGGAAAGCUGUACAUCAUCUUCUAGCAUAUGCUUGAGCUGAACAAUGCUGAAUAAAAAGAACUCAUAAACAUUUGCAAA